GGAGAGAACAGAAGGCCCUCAGAACCUGAGGCCACAGUGAGAGCUUCACUGAGAACAGGCAAAAUGAACACGGAUUUGAUGCCACAGAAUCUGCUGGACAACCAGGCAGGGAAAGCAUGCAAGGCUGGUGUCGGUUUGCAAAGGGAUGAAGACGACAUUCUUCCAUAUGAAGAUGUGAAGUGGCAAGAUAGUGACCUGUCAGCUGAAGAAAGAAUAUUUUUGGAAGAGUUUCCCAUCUUGAAAGGGGAGCUGGAAGUGGGCAUCAGAAAGCUCCGUGCCCUUGCAGACCACGUCGACACAACCCACAGAACAUUCACCAAGAGCAGCAUGGUGGCCAAUUCCAUCGCUGUGGUCUCAGGAGCCAUGAGCAUCCUGGGCUUGGUCCUCGCUCCGGCAAUAGCAGGAGGAAGCCUGGUACUCUCCGCUGCUGGUAGAGUUUUGGGGAAAGCAGGGGAGGUCACCAGCAUCUUGACCAACGUUUUGGAACGCUUUCACAGUCAAGAAGCCCAAGCUUAUGUCGGUAGCCUAAUGCCCACCCGUGGCCAUGCUCUCCCGUGGCUCUGGAGAGCUGGGGCAGCCUAUGUCGUGGCUGCCGGAGAGGUGGUCCAGAAUUGUGACAGCACCAUCAAGGAUAUCCAGAGGAGCAUCCGUGCCUUUCAGAUAGCCAGGGCCCACCCGCGCCUGGCCACUGCUGCCAAGAGUCUCCUGACCACUGGCCAAGUCUCAGCCCGAAGGAGCAGGCAGGUGCAAAGGGCUUUUGAAGGUACCACGCUGGUGAUGAAGACAAAAGCUCGCUUGUUGGGUACCGCAAUGGCUGGCUUCUCCCUCAGCCUGGGCUUGGCCUCCCUCCUGAAAGACUGGAAGCAGCUGAAGGAGGGAGCGACAUCCGAGCUUGCGGAAGAGCUGAGGGCGCAGGCUUGGGAGCUGGAAAGGAAGCUGGCAGAGUUCACCCAGUGCUAUGAGAGCCUGCAGCAGAAGGUGCAAAUUGGUGUCGAGUUUUCAGGGGAACAGGAGACUGAUGACCUGGGGAACACCAUGACUUGA